AUGCCAAUCUACAUACCUGUAAAUAACUCAAAUCUCUGUGUGACCACCCCCCCCGGGUUGAUAUUAGAUUUUUUCCAGGUGGAGCGUUGCCAUCAUAGACCUGUUCCUGGGGGCCCAACCAUUUACUCCUAUGUGAACAGGCAGAGGGAGUGGCAGGCCAAGGAGCCCCAGAAGCCCGGACCUUUCUACUUCUUUGGAGGUUUCAAUGGGGCUGAAAUAGUCAGCAAUUACUGUGAGAGCAGAGGAUGGAGGAGGAUUUAUGACAAGCACCGGGAAGAUUUCAAACUCAAGUGGUGUGAGACUAGAUCACCUUCCAACUACCACAACUUCAGGCCAGGGGAAAAGGCUGGUGUAUCAGAUCUCCCGAACAACACGGUGCUAACCCACAAAGGUGGCCCUGCUCAGCAGCCUGCGGGAGUACGAGCGAGGGUGCAGCAAAAUGAGCCACGGAGGAGGGCCGAGGUGACACCUUACAUCCAAAGGCCACUGCUCCUGAAGGGGAGAAAGUCUGACGUGCGCGCCUAUCUUCUUAUCGCCUGUACUGCACCCUACAUGGUCUUCUUUCGCCAUGGUUACGUGCGAUUGACCUGCGACCUCUAUGACCCGAGUACCAACAACCUGUCUACUCACCUGACCAAUCAGUAUGUGCAGAAGAAGAACCCUCUGUACAGCCAGCUGAAAGAGGACACUGUGUGGUCCAUGGAGGCCUUCAACACCUACGUCAACCAUGAGUGUGCUGGUCCUCAGGGCGUGCCCAGAGACUGGGUGCUAGCAGCCUUUACGCGGCGCAUGCAGCAGAUCAUGACCCAGUGUUUCCUUUCAGUCAAAUCCAAGUUAGACUGUCGGCUGGGAUUCUUUGACCUGAUUGGCUGUGACUUCAUGUUUGAUGCGGACUUCCAGGUGUGGCUGUUAGAGAUGAACUGCAACCCGGCUCUUCACACUAACUGUGAAGUACUGAAGAAGGUGAUACCCGCAACUGUUGUGGAGAUAUUGGAUCUAACACUGGAGACCUUUACAAAGUGUCGCCUUGGCCAGAGGAUCCUUCCUUUGGCCAGUCAGAGAGACUUUGUGCUGCUGUACACUGAGCCUGUCCUCCCACGCAGCAAGAGCUAUGCGCUGACAAACAGACAAUUCAACCACAAACCCACCAAAAAGCUUCAGAAGGCCACACAAAAUGAAAAUGGUGAAAGAGGGAGUGGUUCAAUGGCUGGUUCCUGUCCCACAACCUACACAUCACCUCUUCAACAAAGUUCUGCAAGAAAUAAAGAUCAGUCAGUGCCGCCACCUGAUGACACACAGACCAUGAGAGACCAAAAACUCCAGCCUCAGGGGCAGAAGAAGCUCAAAACAUUACAAGCGGUCACUUGUGUGUGUGACGCACAUAAAAGCAAAGAGGAAACUAGUGAAGACAAAAUCAGAGAGCACUCAGACGUGUCAACCUCCGAAAGGAAAGAGCAACUGUGA